CACAUCCGAUCAAAUAUUUUUACGUUUUCACCCGCGAGCGUUCUCGUGUAAACAGGGCCUGUGUCACUGAUCACUGUAACGACCUUCAAAACUUCUCUACAAACUCCAACUACUGAAUUAACUCCUCUAGCUGAUCACAUUAUUACUCCCAUAUUACACCUAAACAAACCAUGGCAUUAUGGUGGUAAUUUGCAUUGAAUUUUCUUUUAUUUUAAAACUACAAAACAUUUUAGUUUGUUACAAAAUACCGAAUAUGUUUCUUUUUAAUGCUUUCCCUUUUGAUUUUAGUUGUAUCAAUCUACUAAAUUGCAUAGAAAGAGUGCAAAUUAGUGUUUUAAGAUGUUACUAAAUAGAUAUCCUCUGUGCAAUCACACAUUGUGAACAAUUUGCAAUAAUAUUCAUCUUCCAGUAUAUUCCUUUAUUUGAGCUAAUAGUAGGAGUAGAGCGCAUCCCACUCCAGACGCCCACUUCAGUCCAAACACGCGGCCCAGUGCCACAGAUCGAUAUCAUGAAACAUUGAAAGAGGAGAAACUCACAAUCAAAGCGGUCGUCAUGGCAACGGCCCAGCCGGAGUUCCACCAAUCAAUGGGCUUCAUGAGGCUGAGAGAUGCUCAGCGAUGUGCCAACGUCCUACAUAAAGAGUGUGGGACAGGGAGCCUGGGCAGCACAUACUGAGAGAGAGAUUGGGGUGAAAAAAAGGCAUCCAGAAGAAAGAAGGACGACGUUAAACACAGGACGAGACAUGGUGAACUCCGGACGAAUCGUUCCUGCGGUGUUCUGCCUGGCCAACCUUUGUUUUGCACUGUGUGGAGGAGCAGCGUUGAAGCCAGAUGUGGUAUUGGAGAACAGCGCUACCACACUGAACCAUUCAAUGGUGCUGGUGCAGCGCAUGGAGGCCCUGCUGACCCAGGGAAACGGCAGUGACGUGAGCCUGCGCGUCCAGACCGUGAACACGGACGAGGUGAAGGUGAUGCAGGUCCACUCGCUGGUGUUGACCCUACAGAGCGACGUGUUUGAAGAGCUCCUACAGACCCGUAACUCCACCGCGAUGGUCCUCAGAGAGACGCCAGACUGUGCAGCUGUCUUUGAUAAGUUCAUUAGGUACUUGUACUGUGGUGACAUCACACUGCGUCUGAACCAGGCCAUUCCUUUACACAAGCUCGCCAGCAAGUAUCAUGUGUGGGACCUCCAGCAGGGCCUCACCCAAUACAUGGCCCAGCACCUGUCCAGCGACUCGCCCACGGGUCACGUGGUGGCCUGGUACCAAUACGCCACGCAGAUCGGGGACGUGAGCCUGCAGAACAGCUGCCUGCAGUACCUGUCCUGGAACCUGUCGUCGGUUCUCCAGAGCGCCGAGUGGAGCUCCGUGAGCCCAGAACUGAUGCUGUCUUUGCUGCAGCGCUCAGACCUGGUUCUCCAGAGCGAACUGGAGCUGUACGAAGCUCUGGAAGCCUGGAUCAACCAGAACCAGCCUUCAAGUGAGACGGCCGAGAACGCACUCAAAGCGAUACGUUACGCCAUGAUACCACCUCAACAUUUGUUCCACCUACAGAAGAAGUCUUCUCUGAUGUUGAAAUAUUACGAAUCCGUACGCGAUCUUCUCUUCCUGGCCUUCCAGUUCCACUCAGCCUCACCCGUCCAGCUCGCGAAGUACUUCGACGUUAACUGCAGCCUCUUCACGCCACGUAACUACCUGUCGACGGCAUGGGGCGCCCCGUGGGUGAUCAACAACCCCACGCGGGACGACCGCAGCUUCAGCUUUCAGACUCAACUCGGGCCGAGCGGUUACGACGCCAGCAAACGAGUGACGUGGAACGCUCUUUUCUCUCCGCGCUGGCUUCCCCUCAGCGUGCGAUCCGCUUACACGGAGCAGGGGUCCCUGCAGCCCACUCGCACCGACGGGGGGCGUCCGCGGAUCAUCGUCACACCUGCCACCUCCAGCCCGGACUUUGCUGGCGUCAGCUUUCAAAAGACCGUCAUCGUUUCGGCACGCAAGCAGGGGAAGGUGGUGGUCCGUCAUGUCUACAACUUCCACCAGAGCACGGAGGAGGCGGGAGACUUCCUGUUGGAAGCGGACCUGCAGCGUAGAGCGUCCGAGUACCUCAUUGACAGCUCGCUCUACCUGCACAUUAUUGUGAAGCCCCUUUACCACAGCCUCAUAGUAGCCAAAAAAUAAGAGUCUAGUUGCUCGACCAAUGAUUUAUGCGCUACAGGCUUGUUUUGCGUGUCCAAAUGCAUUUACAUUUAACUGCACCACAUUUUGAUUUUACAUUCAUAUGGAUUUUUAAUCAAUCAAUAUCAAAUCAGCACCAAACUUUAGUGUUGGUGCCAAAAUUCAACCCAUUCAUUUUUAAAAUACAUUUUCGUGGUGCGAAAAAAACUAAAAAACAACAACCCAAAAACAUUUUGUCACCAUUUAAUCAAUUCCCAGUGGAUAAAAUCAAGGUUUUCCCUAUACCUUUUCUCAUUUAAUAUUCUGUUAAUUUGAAAAUAAGGCUGGUUGUGAAAUUUUGGUUACUUUAGUAACAUUUUUUUAUUAUCAUGCUGCUUGAAAGCUCACCCACAUUUUAAUAGUAAUUUGAAGUCACAUUUGUACUGUAUAUUGCCAUGUUUGACUUUAAUUUGUCAACCCCUUAAAUUGUACUGUGAGUUUGCUUUCAUAGAAAGAAAAAAAAAAUGGAUUAAUUUUUUUGCUCACUUGUUAUAUUGCAAUUCAUGUUAUGUUUCAAUAAAAACGAAAUUUCUGAACCCACAAA